AGCUCGCAUUCCAUCGUCUUGUGUUUAUUCACUCAUUUUGCUCUCUUUGUUGCUACUUUGUUCGAACCCACAUCCUUCCUACUGGAUGCUUUCUGCCCUCUGCCCACUUCCUUCGCAAAUCGGGUGACGUUAGCGAAACGGCGCGGCGUGCUCUAGGCAAGGUUUAGGUCAGAUGUACAUGUCUUGUUUGCACAUCGACGUUUCGAGACGUCAGAGGUUGUGAAGAGCGUAGUGCAGCGUGGAGAGAGCGUCGAUGAUGGCCCGCACUGUACGGCUCAGGCCCUACAGCAACGGGUUCGGCUUUACUCUACGAUUUUGCACGAACGGCACGAGCGUCGGCGAGUCUCGAUCGGUUGUUUUCAUCAAGAGCGUCGUCCACAAUGGGCCUGCGAGUGUUGCUGGCCUAUCUGCGGGUGACCGAAUCGAGGCUAUAAAUGGAGUUGCAGUGGAUGGGCGGCCCUAUCAGGACAUCAUCGAUCGCAUAAGGGACAGUUCUACUGUCCUUGAGCUCAUCAUUACACCACAGGCAGUCUCUGGUGAGCUGGUAGAUGAAACCAGACUAAAGAUCAAGAAUGCAUCAUACCGUCGUCCACAGUCUUCUGACUUUGACAGGAAAAGAACAUCUACGGACAGUGAUUCCAGUCAGUUUCGUCAUCGUUUUAUGUCUUCUGGUGGCAGUAGCCUUUCAGUCGAGAAAGGAGAGUCACACAGUGGAUCUCAUCAUUCACAUGAGCGACUUACAAGUUGUUCUGAUGAACGACUCGCAACUGCUCAUUUCUCAAGAUCAAAGCAUUCUCCAUUACAAGUUCAGAGGAGUAAUGCAACACGUAAGCAGGCAAGUCGAGCAAUUGUUGUCAAUGCUCUUAAGCAAAGAGGGGUGCUGCCGCAGAGGCGCUUCACUGACAGUAGAUUGCAUGUGCCUGCUAAUGCAGUAGUGUAUGAAGCAGCACGGCAGUCUGAUUACAACAGCACCUCCUUCACACCAUACAUGUCGCAAGUUGGAUACACAGAAAGCUCUGGUGACAAGAGUGGGCAGCUACUGGCUGGAGCUCCUGCUAAUGUGAAGAGUGAUGAAGUUAUUGGGAAACUGAGAGCAUUGACGUCGUCUACUGACAUAUCUCAUCUUCGAAAACCUGAUGAUGAUGGUGACACAACAAGUAACAAACAUUGUUCUUCAUUGCAAAGAGAUGAGGAGAGUCUCAGCUCCAUCAGACAGAGCCAUAGCCAUCUUCCAGGAAGUACAAAUACAAGCAAUGUCUAUGAAGGACAACAUUUGGGAUCUCGAGUUCAUGCAGGAAAGUCAUAUUUUUCUCAUGAUGACUUGCCGUCAGCUGCUGAACUGCAGAACAAUCAGCUGAAGAGGAUGCAGAGUGAACAGUGUGAUUUGAACGUGAGAACACAGUCAGAAAGGGUAACCAAUGGUGUGUAUCCAAAGUGGAAGAGGGUAAAGUCAGGAGCUGUGCCACACAAGAAAGUGCCUGCUUUUAGACGGUCUGCUACCAUUGCGGAUCAAAUCUCUGUGGAACCAGAAACUUUCUUUAGCUCUAGAAAGUUUCAGUUAGAUGGUCUUGUGUCUGUUGAUACUGGCCUUGCUGUAUCACCCCAAACAGGUGAUCUUGGGACAGCAGCAGUUGGCUUGCCAUAUAUGGAUCCUGUUGUGAAGUCAGGCUACCUCUAUCGAAAGCAAACGGUGGAAUCCAAUGGGAAGAAAGCUAAAUAUCGGUCAUGGAAAGUCAGUUAUUAUGAGCUACGAGGUCACAUGCUGUACUCAUACAAAGAUAAGAAAGAGGCAGAAAAACCUGAGAAUUUUGAAGAACAGCCUCUGAGUGUGAAGUUCUGUCGAGUUGACAUUGCAUAUGGCUAUGUGAAAAGACCGUACACGUUUAGAUUUAUUUCUUACAAUGGGUCUGAGUAUUUGUUUCAGACUUCAUCUGAUGAGAGCAUGAUGGAGUGGAUUGAAGGAAUAAAGGCCCAUAGCGAUCCUGAUGAUGAUCUGGAAAACAAAGCGCGUGCUGAUUUGAUUAUUCGAAAAGCAGUGGAAGAAAGACAAAGACAAGUUGAACGCGGCAUAAGGCCAAGACCGAGUAUAGGUCUCGGACAAGCAAUACCUAUUACUGUCAAGACAGAUGUGUCUGAUGGGGCAUCAGAUAGCACUGCAAGAAAAGUUGCUGGAAGUCAGCUGGAGUUGCAGCGAGAAGAAGAGUUUAAUGAAUUGUUUAAGAAGUCGCUAGACGAUUGUGAGAUGUCAGACACUCACCCAGAUGUGCCGCUCUUCAUAGUGAGAUGUGUUGAGGAAGUUGAAACACGAGGACUAGAUGUAGAAGGCAUUUACAGAGUGCCAGGCAAUAAGGCAGAAAUUUGUUUGUUGAGAGACGAGCUUCAGAAAGAUUUAGCAGGAGCAGAUUUUACUGAUGAGAGAUGGCAUAGCAUCUACAACGUGACAAGUAUCCUAAAAUUGUUUCUUCGAGAGUUAAGACAAUCAAUCUUUCCUAAAGACAUGUAUGAUAAUUUUAUGUCAGCCUCAAAGGUAGAUGAUGAAGACCAAAGUUUAAUCAUGCUGAAACAACUGAUUCAAGAAUUACCUCAUUUGAACUUCUGCACUCUUCGUUAUCUUAUCAGACACUUACAGCAUGUUGCUUCCAAAGCAGAUUUGAAUAAAAUGUAUCCUAAGUACCUGGCAGUUGUGUUUGGUCCCUCGUUAGUUCGACGGGAAAUAAGUGACUUACAACAUGUUAUGUCAGACAUGGGCAACCAGUGCAAUAUUGUCAAUCGUCUUAUUGUUCAUGGUAAUUGGUUUUUUGGUUCAAGUCAUGGAGAUGACAGGAAACAACGACCUUUUGUGCGUCCAUCUCGGUCUUGUGACUUUCUUGCAUCUGAGUUUACUACAACGAAUCAGUCAGUAAAUGGUAGUGUAAUAGAUGGCAGUGAGUCACCACCACCCAAGCCUCGUCGCACAAUGCAGUAUGAUCCAGAAGACCCUGAUGAUGGCACAGAAAGUUCUGACUUUUGGGUGCGGUAUCCUCCCACGAAAUCUGCACCUGGAGCAGAAAGAGUGAGCACUGCAGCACAAAUGGAUUCGACAAGUCACUGGAUACGUCAGAUGGCUUCUCAAGCUUGGCAGAGUGAGUCAGGAUCAUCAUCGCCUGCUUCAUUCAAGCAGCGUCAAAAACAAGAUGUCCCCUCAAAUGGAUCAGCAGCACAACACCAGUCUGAAACAAGAGGGACUCAGCAGUUACGAUCAUUAGCACUUCACCAGUCUGUUGGUUAUCAGAGGGCUUUGCAAGCACUUCAAGCUGUUGCAAAUGCAAGGUCUGGAGGGAAUAUCAAUGAGACUGAGAAAGGUGAUGAGUCUAGUUUGAAUUCUAAUAUCUCAAUAUCAGGCUUGGUGGUGAGGAGAGAACGUCGAGGGCGACGGAAUUGGAGAGGAGCUAAGGUUACAGACAGUGCUGACUUGUCAGGGGAGAGCACAGUUUUGCAGUCAACUGAUUGGUCAAAAAUUGAAAAUGUUGGUAAAACUGAUGUGAGAAUAAAGAGGCGUUCACAAAUAGAAGAGAUUUCAGAUGGGAAAAUAGGUGAUGGUGAUGUUCAAACCACUUUGUUAUGAGUUUGCAGAUAGAUAAGCAUUAUAUUCUAAGGCUGGUUUUGCUAUGUAUAUUUCUAUUGAAGAAGAAUUUAUUAUCAAGUAAGGUACUAAUAAUACUAACCGACUUAGAGA